AUGAAGCUUAGUACGCUCCUCCUAGGCGGUACAGCAGCCUGUGCCCAACAAGUUUACAUCCCUUUCGCUGGGCCAUCUCUCAGACCACAUUGUAAUGGCAACGCCGUUGACAAUAAAGAUUAUGCAAUCGCAUCUCCUUCGUACUAUUUCAGCGAGUUCAGUUAUACGCAAACAGAGACUGUUCGUACCGCGACUUCAAGACCGGCGCCAACGACCACAACAUCCUUUGCACCUCGAUAUUCGUUUUUAAGUGGUCUCGUACCCGAUCUAAAGACCACGCAAUGGGGAAAUUGGGACCCGUCGUCGAGUGCCAGUGUUACAGACGUCGGAAAUCCAUACGGCAACGCUUCAUGGACAAAGCUUUGGAGCGACGUUCCAUGGGUUAACUUCACGCGAGGAAUCUACUCAACAACUGUGGAGCCCACUCCGAUCCCGACUAGCGAGCUUGUACUUCCACCUCCUGAACCUUUUGGCUCCCAGGACUGUUAUUACUUCCCCUCUGACUUCAUGCUAGGCGUCGCUGGGUCUGCUGUGCAGAUCGAAGGUGCCAUCGCCGACGAGGGCCGGACACCAGGAUACACAGAUGUACUAAGCUUGCUCAGCCCAGGUGCGGCGCCAGACUAUGUGACGAACGAAAACUACUACUUGUACAAGCAGGACAUUGAGCGAAUCGCCUCGAUGGGUAUAAAAUACUACCGAUUUUCAAUUCCCUGGACCCGAAUCUUGCCUUUUGUUGUCGAAGGAUCUCCAGUCAACAAGCUUGGAUUGGAUCAUUACGACGAUCUCAUCAACUUUGUAUUGGAGAAAGGAAUGCUUCCUGCUGUUAUGAUGCUUCACACUGAUUCUCCACUGCAAUUCUACCCAAACAUAUCCGAAACCAUCAUUAUCCCAGGCGAAGGUAUAGGAUAUGUCGAUGCUGGGUUCCAGCGGUCAUAUCAGAACCAGACUUACGAAGACGCGUUUGUUCACUACGGCAAAAUCCUUAUGACAAAGUUUUCUGACCGCGUCGCCAUAUGGUGGACUUUCAAUGAGCCAAUCCUCGGGUCGCGGAACGGAAAAUCUAUCGAUACAGUUAUCAAAUCGCAUGCGCGGCUUUACCAUUUCUACCAUGACGAGAUCAAAGGCAGCGGGAAAGUGUCAUUGACUUUGAACAACAAUUUUGGGGUGCCUCGCGACCCCAAGGAUCCUGAGGACGUUCGCGCGGCUGAUCAUUUCAACUCCUUCCAGCUAGCGACCUUCGCGAACCCGAUUUUCCUAGGAUUAGAUUACCCCGAAUCCUACAAGGUGACGGUAUCGGAUUAUGUGCCCCUCACACAGAAUGACCUGGAGUACAUGAAUGGGACAGCAGACUUCUUUUCUAUUCAGCCAUACACUGCGACAGUAAUAAGCCCACCACCAAAUAGCAGCAUCGAAGUGUGUGCUGGUAAUGCGAGCCAUCCCUUGAGACCAUAUUGUGUCACACAAGAAACCAUGACUACAACUGGUUGGAAUAUUGGCUACCGUAGCCAUUCAUACGUCUAUAUAACACCAACAUACUUUCGUACUUAUCUCAAUUACCUCUGGAAUACUUUCCGCGCUCCAAUCGCAGUAACUGAGUUUGGAUUCCCAGUGUUUGCAGAAGCGCAAAAGGCUGUUCAAGAUCAACUAUUCGAUAGUCCUAGAAGACAGUACUAUCAGUCUUAUCUCGCUGAAGGCCUGAAAGCAAUAUGGGAAGACGGCGUCGAAUGGAUCGGUGCUUUUGCCUGGAGCUUCGCGGACAACUGGGAGUUUGGAAGUUUUGACGCAAGAUUUGGUAUUCAAUUUGUGAAUCGGACCACACAAGAGAGGAAGUAUAAGGCUAGCUUUUUUGAUUUUGUGGAUUUUAUCGAGAGCCGGAGGCAGGAGGAGUGUGCUUGA